UCAGGUUGAACUUCGCCCGGCCAACCGGAGGGGAGGUUCCUCGCCCCUGCAAAAUGCUUCGUCCGCCGGAGAGCCAGGACUCACAGACGCUGGACAACCUCCCAUCCAGCACCCUGGAGGAAUCAGCGAGCCUCGUUGGGCGUCAGCCCUCUCUGGAGCAACCCCAGAGAUGCCCCAGGAAGAAACGUCCGUCCACACCCCACCCAUCAACCGGAUGGAUCCUGAUCAGAGGAGCAAGACGCCAGCAUCAACGAGAGGAUGCAGAAGGGAGUCCACUCGUGCCUCAUUCGUCAGGCAAUCGCCCGAGGACCAACAUUGCCACCUGGAACCCCCAGCCUGGGAUCAGGAGGAUAAAUUGGCUGCGGAGACCAGAGGAAGCGGACCCUCGUCCCGAGCUCCCUCAAGGGAUACCUACCAUGAGGGAGAACUAUGAGGCCUUCGUGCAGCUGAUGGAAGAUCCGGUGGUGCAGAGGUUUCUGAAGAUGGACAAAUAUCUCCUGAUGUCAGAUAAGUACAUGCUGGCGAUGGUCGUUGCCUACUUCAUCCGUGCUGGCCGACCAAAACAUCAAUAUAAGCGGUUCCAUUUCUUCUUGGCCCUUUACCUGGCGAAUGACUUGGAGCAGAAUGUGUUGGUCAUGAAGAAGGCUUUGUUACCAUUCGCUUUCGGGCACAAAGUGAAAGCGCAGGAGCGCAUCAUCUUCCAUCGUCUGCGGCUGCAGUUCUUGGAGGCCAUAGGCGGCGAUGCACGGGUGUCGCCCGAAGAGUGUGAGGAGAUCAUGGCUCUGGACCCCUUCUACUGGGCCUGGAGUCGGGACCGCGUCCUGUGCAGUAUUCCGGUCAGCUGGUGGAACGAAGACAACAUAGUCGGAAACACUGAGUAACUCUAAUUUUGCCUGGAAGGACAUCAUCUUCAACUUCUUCUUUGUUAAUUUUAGUAAAGAUUCAGCAAGUUUAAACUAGAAAACACCGGCUCCGUUUGCAACACAAUUUUUAAUGUUGUGGUGGAAGUUUUGUUCAACAAUAAAAGAAGUCAUUAAAUUUUAA